AUGGCUAUUGACAAUGAGCUACCGUCUGUGAAACCACUAUCGGUUUUUUGUACAUCAUCUUCAUCAUCAACAUCUUCAUCAUUAUCACCAUUUCUCAGACAACGACGUCUCAUACAAGUCGCAACAAAUAAUAGUGCGACAUUCAUUCAAUUUCCUGUGAAUGUUCGUCAAUCAUCUUCGUUUAUUCCAAUAUGUUGUCCUAGAACAAGUUAUUCUUCAACGCGUCUAUCAUCGCCUUCAGCCGACACUCAAUCAUUAUCAAAUCGAUCGAAAUCUUCCGCACAAGAUCCACAAUCUAGCAGCACAAGUACUGAUCAUAAGCGAGGCCAGUCGGAACAUCGAGUAAAUCCUAUUUUGAACAAUCCUCUUCUCAAUCACCGAAAAAAUCAACCAAAAUAUUCUCCAACAAAAUGUUCAAAUGAAUCUUCACGUCCACCAAGACCUUGUCUGCCAUCAAAGCCGUUAAAAUCAACAGCAACAACUGAUACUCAAAUAUCAGCAAUCCGUGAAAGUACAGUUCCUCCUAUUGUUAAUCAGCCAGAAAUUAAUAUCAAUUUAUCUGAUAGAUUAAUCCUGUUGACUGAUAAUAAAACUCGUGAACUACAUUUGCAAUAUGUUGGUGAAAAUAAAUAUGAUUACAUCACUCGUUGGCUAAGCACAGUACGAACUGCAACAUAUUCUAUUGAAAGUCUUCACCUAGAACCAAAACGUAGCAAGCGACGAAUUGUACCAUCGUAA